AUGGCGGACGUCAAGAGCAAGAACCUCUACGAGCUGUUGGGGAAUACCUCGGACCAGGAUUCUGACCGCGAACCUGAGCCACCUACAAAGGCCAUUGACAAGCCAGUCGCUCGUCAUGGUAAACGCGAAGCGCCCAAAGAGGCUCCAGCUGCAACAACCGAACGUGCAAACAUAGCUACCCGCGGCCGAGGUGGCCAUCGUGGAGGUGGUUUCAACGAUAAUGAAGCAGCUUUCCGCAACAGAGCUACGGGCAGGGGCUACAACCGUGAUCAACCCACCGAGGGCGGUGGUGAGGAUGGCUAUGGCAACCGUCCUGGCCGCGAUCGAGGCCCAGGUGUGCAACGCUAUGGUCGCGGUCCACGUGGCCCUCGUCGAGGUGGUGAUCGCCACAGCCGCACUGGCAUAGCCAACCACCCAAAACAAGAGGGACAUGGAUGGGGUGAAAACACCGGCGAUGGCGAGUGGGCCGACGAAAAGGCCGGAGAAGCCUUGGCAAAAGAAGAAGAAAAGCAAGCUGGAUGGGAUGCUGGUGCCCAGAACCCAGCGUGGAACGAAAACGCAGAACAAACCACCAUUCCUGAGGGUGGCGAGGCUGUUCCAGACCCCAAUGCGGCAGAGGAGGCCGAAGAGGCCCAGGAUCACCACAAGUCAUAUGCCGACUACCUGGCUGAGCAAGCUGCUAAGAAGUUGGAGGGCCUCGGUCUCAAGGAGGCCCGUAAACCCAACGAAGGCCAGAAGGAGAACAAGAAAUGGACUGGCGCGAAAGAACUCACCAGAGUCGAGGACGAGGACUACUUCAAGGGCGAGGAGAAAGGCAAGCGUGAACGCGAACGUGCGCAAAAGAAAGAGUUCCUCGACAUUGACUACAGCUUCAAGGAGCAGCCACGUGAAUCCCGUGGUCGCGGCGGGCGUGGAGCCGGGCGAGGACGAGGAGGAGACCGUGGAGAGUUCCGCGGCGGGCGUGGACGAGGACGCGGCGGCGAUCGUGGUGGCGAUCGUGGCGAGUUCCGUGGACGUGCCCGCGGUGGCCGCGGCGAUGCUCCCACCGUGGCUGUCGACGACGAAUCUGCUUUCCCAAGCUUGGGAGGGAAAUAA